UAGGUCACUUCUCUCAUCUCAUACAUAAUACAUAUAGGGUUACGAGUCUUUUUACACUUCCACGAUUCCUUUCCCCAAAGGUUUUCGAGGUUUCUCGUUUCUCCCCUUUCCUUUCCGCCAUGAAAUGAUAAUUUAGAUUUCCCGGAAAAUCCCAUCCAAUCAGCAAUUAGCAUUUUCCUCGAAUUCCUAUUAUUUAAUUUAUUAAUAAUAUCCUCAUUAUUUUCUCCUUUCUAUAAUAAUAAAAAAAACUUCUUAGAAGUAUAUAUAUUUGCACAUCUAUGCCCAAUAAAGACAUUUAGGGUUAUCGAAUUAGGGAUUUGGUAAAAUAAAUAAUAAUGGGGAGUGGAGAUGGAGAUGGAGAAGAUGAUCGGACGUUUAGGGUUAAUUUCAGUGCAGAAGGAUUUGGGAAGCUUCGAGAACGAGUUAACGAGAAACUCAAGGAGUUUAUGGGUGACUAUACUGAUGAUACUCUCGUGGAAUAUGUCAUAGUCUUGUUAAAAAAUGGAAGGCGUAAAGAAGAAGCAAGGAAUGAAUUGAAUGUUUUUCUUGGAGAAGACAGUGUCCCCUUUGUUGCUUGGCUAUGGGAUCACCUGGGAUCAAAUAUAGAUUUGUAUGUGCAACAAAAGGAUCCUGAUACAGGAGGAAGGGAAAAAACAAAACCCGCUAUUGCGGAGCAGGAGGCAAAGAAUGAUAUGCACCACCUGGAUGCUGAUGCUGAUAAAGAGAAAUUAAACAAAUCUAAAAGCCGUCACCGAAGGGUGUGGAAAGGGAUGGUUGGCGAUGGACACCCUGCUCUACAUAGUUCUUUGGCCGACAGCACUCCUAAGGAGGAGGAAGCUCAUCGAAAAGUUGGUCAUGCAAAGCGAUCCCUCUCCCCCCAGCCAGAACCUCUGAGAAAAAGAAGCCGGCCUGAAGAAAAGCUGAAAAAGAGGGAAAGCACUCGUCAACCAGCAAUUGCUGCUACUCGGAGGUUGCUGCAAUUUGCAGUAAGAGAUGCCGUGGCUACUUCUAGGCCUUCCACUUUAGAACCCUCACCUUCACUAAAGCGUCUUCGCUCUGUGGUCUCUACAUCUGUGGAGGACUCAUCCCUUCAAGAACGGCCACAGAGGAUACGGUCAGUUGCAAGAGCACCAACUGCCCUGGCCACUGCUAUUAGAGCUGUUGCUGAAGCUGCAAAAGAUGUAACCAAAGUUAGAUCGUCGGCUAAUGUGUUUGAUAGGCUGGGUCGUAGUACUGACGUUCGUGAUACUUCAAUCCUAUUGGAAGAAUCUAGGCAAGCUGUUGCUGAAGAUGUACAAGAUCGAUCUUUUGCUGAUGCAAAUGAGGGUUACUCAACUUACCUUCACGGAAGUGAUUAUAGUGGAAAGCUUAUUGGGAAAUCUAUGUUGCAUGAUGAUGCUGUGGUUGUUCAUGAUUCAGUAUCGGAUGAUGAGGCUGAUCGUGGUAGCAGUGCUGUGAAUGGAAGGGCUGUGGAUGCCUCUAGAACUGGUGCACCUGUUAAAAACAUAGGUGAGAAUCCACUUAUAGUCAAGCAUGGCGUUGCUUACAAUGCCGAUGAUAUUUUGGACAAGUCACAGAAGGACCAGGAUCGAGCUGCAUUUGCUCCAGGUGCUCAUCACCAGCCAAUGAAUGUCCCCUUAAAUGUGAAUACCUGGAAAUCACCUCAGUAUCAGGAGCCAAGACAGUCAGUGGAGAUAGAGAAUCGGAGAUCUGCACAAAGCAGUGAAGGCUUGGCCGAGAUACCUGACAGGCUGUUGACAAAAGAAAGCACUAAUCCUAUUGCAGCUACUAAUGGAAUUGCCAACCCAUAUGUGGACACACAGAAGGAUUCUCAAAAGACAGCUUCUAUUAAUCAGGGUUUGUAUUCUACUGGUCCACCUACAGAAGAUGCUGAUUCACGGACCAUCUUUGUCAACAAUGUUCAUUUUGCUGCUACCAAGGAUAGCCUUUCUCGGCACUUCAAUAAAUUUGGGGAAGUGCUUAAAGUGGUCAUCCUGACUGAUGCAGCAACUGGGCAACCCAAAGGGUCAGCUUACGUAGAGUUCAUGCGAAAAGAAUCUGCAGAAAAUGCUUUAUCUCUUGAUGGAACAUCGUUCAUGUCACGCAUUCUGAAGGUUGUGAGGAAAAGCUCUGCUACUCCUGAAGUAGCGUCUGCCACUGUAUGGCCUCGUGUUGCGAGAGGUGGUCCCUUUGCCGUUUCUAGGUUUGGUCGGGUUCCUUUUCCUAGAGGCAUCCCCACUUUGUACAGGUCCCGGCUCCCAAUCAGGCCUGGUGCUAGAAGUAUGCAGUGGAAACGAGAUGCUCAGCCCACAUCAACUGAGAACUCUGGUUUGGCUACACCCUCAAGUAAUGCAGUUUCUUCUCCCAUUCCUCGGAGUAUGACAUAUGUACGAACAGAAUCUAAGACAAAUGGAAAUUCUAGUGCGGCUUAGUUGAUUAUAGCAGCUACCUCCCGUCCUAUCUCUUUGAGAAUCCAGUAUAACAGACAUUCUUGGCACCGUACUUGAUUGCUUCAUCUGGUGAAUCAGCCGAGAUGUGCUGGGGCUGGGCGGGUGCAUGUGCACGUCAUGUAAUCAUGAACAGAGUAACUGGUUUUGCUUUAUAUUAUUGUUCUUUCCAUAGAGUUGGGCACAAAAGGCACGGAGUAAAUGUUUUUGGGUUAGGGUUUUGAAGUAGUUAUUAUUAGGUUGUUCGAGACAGGUGGCUGAAGGAGUUGUGUCAAGUUCGAGCUGGAAUCUGUGAAUAGAAGGUGGAUGGGUUGUUUAUUGGAUUAGAGGCCUUUGAAAUUUCAUUCUUGAUAAAGUAAAAAGGAAAAAAAAAGUUUUGAAGAGAGAAAAAAAGUGAAAAAGAAAAAGCCAAGCGUGCUUCAAGCAUUCACUGCAUUUUACAUUUCUUCUUUUGGUCUAAUAAUAUGCUUGCUAGUGGAGAUCUGCAUUCAAUGAGAGUUCCGUUGACGAUUUGGCAUUAUUGUUAACGGAGCUUCAAAAAGAAUGUAGAUGCCUGAAAAGGACAAUUUUACUGUAUCAGUCUGUAAUUUACUUUGGCCAAUAUGUUCAUGUAUCUUAAUUUUGUAUUCGAGGUCA